AAGUUUGCGCGAGAGGGAUCCAAAGGCGUUUUGACAUGUCCAUUUCCAGAGCGCAAUUACGACAACGAGUUCCCCUGCGAUUCCAGCGCAGCCGCCAAAAUGAGGGUGACAGAGGUGAUAAUAGACGGCUUCAAGUCGUAUGCCGUACGGACGGUCAUCUCAGGAUGGGAUGAGAGCUUCAACUCGAUUACGGGCCUGAACGGUAGUGGCAAGUCAAAUAUUCUCGAUGCCAUCUGCUUCGUCCUCGGUAUCACAAACAUGACGACAGUGCGUGCGCAAAACUUACAGGAUCUGAUCUACAAGCGAGGACAGGCAGGAGUCACGAAGGCGAGCGUCACCAUCGUUUUCGACAAUCGAGACAAGAAGAAGUCACCUAUUGGCUUCGAAGAAUAUGCGACAAUUAGUGUCACCCGACAGAUUGUCCUCGGGGGCACGUCCAAGUACCUGAUCAAUGGCCACCGGGCACAGCAGCAGACGGUGCAAAAUCUCUUUCAAUCGGUGCAGCUGAAUAUCAACAACCCCAACUUUCUCAUCAUGCAGGGUCGAAUCACAAAGGUCCUGAACAUGAAGGCGGUGGAGAUCCUUGCCAUGAUUGAGGAGGCGGCCGGUACACGAAUGUUUGAGGACAGGAGGGACAAAGCACUCAAAACUAUGGGGAAGAAGGAGAUGAAGUUGCAAGAGAUUACCGAGCUGUUGCGCGAUGAGAUCGAGCCCAAACUUGAAAAGCUGCGGACAGAAAAGAGAGCCUUCCUGGACUUCCAACAAACCCAAAACGACCUCGAGCGGUUAACCAGGGUAGUAGUUGCACACGACUACGUGAAAUACCAAGAGAAGCUGCAGCAGUCAGCGACUGAUCUCGAGCAUAAGAAACAACGGCAAAAGGAUCUCGAGGACUCGGCAGCACGAUUGAAAGGCGAGAUCUCCCAUCUUGAAGAGGACGUGAAGAGGGUGAAGGCACAACGGGACAAGGAGCUGAAGAAGGGCGGUAAGGCCCAAGCCCUCGAAGAUGAGGUCAAGAAGCACUCCAACGAUUUGGUCCGACUCGCCACAGUCAUGGACUUGAAGAAGUCCAGCAAAGCUGAGGAGGAAGAGCGGAAGACUUCUGUGCAGAAGAGCGUUGCCGAGCUCGAGGCGAUGCUGAAGGAGAAGACCAAGGCAUACGAAAGGACCAAGGCGCGAUAUGACGCAGCAAAGGAGGAGAACGAGAAGCAAAGCGAGGAAGCCGAGUCCAAGGAAGAAUUGUUGCAGACUCUACAAACCGGUGUUGCUUCCAAGGAAGGUCAAGAAAGUGGCUACCAAGGCCAACUCCAGGACGCCAGGAAUCGGGCCGCGGCUGCCGCCACUGAACAGGAACAAGCGAAGCUUAAGAUCACACAUCUCGAGAAGCGUGUCAAAGAAGAGGAACCCCGAGCGAAGAAGGCCAAGGAGCAAAAUGCAGGCCUUCUCAAGGACAUCGAGGGCUUGAAGAUACAGUCGCAGAAGCUGCAAAGUCAACUAGCCAAGCUUGGUUUCGAACCCGGCCAGGAAGGAGAAAUGUACAAGCAGGAGUCGGUGCUGCAGCAAACAAUCCGGGCUCUGCGGCAAGAAGCUGACGGGCUCAAGCGUAAAGUGGCCAACAUCGACUUCAACUAUGCGGAUCCCACACCCAAUUUUGACCGCUCCAAGGUGAAGGGAUUGGUGGCACAGCUCUUCACCCUCGACAAGGACCAUACACGCGCGGGCACUGCUUUGGAGAUAUGCGCUGGCGGCCGGCUGUACAAUGUCGUUGUGGACAACGAGGUCACGGGUACUCAGCUACUCCAGGGCGGUAAGCUGCGUAAACGCGUCACCAUCAUUCCCUUGAACAAGAUCUCAGCCUUCAAGGCGUCGGCGCAAACUAUUGCUACGGCACAGAAGAUCGCUCCUGGGAAGGUGGAUCUGGCGCUGUCUCUCGUUGGAUACGACGAUGAAGUGUCAGCGGCGAUGGAAUACGUAUUUGGCAAUACCUUGAUAUGUCAGGACGCGGAGACGGCCAAGAGAGUGACGUUUGACCCAAACGUACGGAUGAGAAGUAUCACCCUUGAAGGUGAUUCAUAUGAUCCCUCUGGUACCCUGUCUGGCGGUAGCGCUCCCAACUCCAGCGGUGUCCUGGUGACGCUGCAGAAGCUGAACGAAAUCAACCGCCAGCUCCGGGAUGCCCAGUCCAGUCUGGCAGGCCUUCAGCAGAAAAUAGCACAGGAGAAGUCGAGGCUUGACUCGGCGCGCAAGAUCAAACAAGACCUCGACCUCAAGACCCACGAGAUCAAGCUUGCCGAAGAACAGAUCAGUGGCAACUCUUCUUCUUCUAUCAUCCAGGAGGUGGAAAACAUGAAGGAGACCAUUGCGCAACUCAAAAUGAGCAGCGCAGAGGCCAAGAAGCGGCAAGCCGAGGCCAGUGCGGAUGCCAAGCGGAUUGAGAAGGACAUGAAGGACUUCGAGAACAACAAGGAUUCUAAGCUUGUUGAGCUUCAAGCCUCCCUGGACACGCUACGAGCAACUCUGGCGAAGAACUCGACCGCUGUGAAGAGUCUGCAAAAAGAGCUGCAGAGUGCGCAGCUAGACUCGGAACAGGUCUCGGGCGACCUUGCAGCAGCAAGAGAGCAGCUACAGGAGGUCGAGUUAGCCAUCAAGUCCCAACAAGAAGAGAUCGAAGAACUUGUCAAGAAGCAGUCUGUUCUUCAAGAGACGCACGACGAUGUGCAAGCACAGCUCGACGAGGAGCGGGCCAAAUUGACACUCUUCGACGAGGAACUGCACGCUUUGGAAGAAGCGACGCGAUCCAAGAACUCGCGCAUUGCCGAGGAAGGUCUCGAGAUGCAGAAGCUUGGCCACACGGUGGAAAAGUUCCACAAGGAGCAGCAGAACGCCGUGCAAUUCGUGGCGCACAUGGAAGAAGAACAUGAGUGGAUCGCCGACGAGAAGGACAAUUUUGGUCGCACCGGCACACCCUACGACUUCAAGGGCCAGAACAUCUCGGAGUGCAAGGCGAUGCUCAAGACGCUCACGGACCGCUUCCAAGGCAUGAAGAAGAAGAUCAAUCCUAAGGUCAUGAACAUGAUCGACAGCGUCGAGAAGAAGGAGGUGUCCCUCAAGCAUAUGAUGAAGACGGUCAUCCGCGACAAGCGGAAGAUCGAAGAGACCAUCAUCAGCCUUGACGACUACAAGAAGAAGGCCCUGCUGCAGACUUGGCAAAAGGUUAACGGCGACUUCGGCAACAUCUUCUCCGAGCUGCUGCCCGGUGGCAGCUUUGCCAAGCUAGACCCGCCCGAGGGCAAGACCAUCAACGAAGGCCUCGAGGUCAAGGUGUGUCUGGGUAAGGUGUGGAAGCAGAGUUUGACCGAGUUGAGCGGUGGACAAAGAUCGCUAGUAGCCCUCUCCCUCAUCAUGGCCCUCCUCCAGUUCAAGCCAGCGCCCAUGUACAUCCUGGACGAGGUAGAUGCGGCGCUCGACCUGUCACACACGCAGAAUAUCGGCCGCCUCAUCAAGACGCGCUUCAAGGGCUCCCAGUUCAUCGUCGUCAGUCUCAAGGACGGCAUGUUCCAGAAUGCUAACCGCAUCUUCCGCACCCGCUUCAGCGAGGGUACUAGUAUGGUGCAGGCCCUGACCGCGGCGGACUUCAAGUAAAUUGGCAAAAUGGCUGCGCGUUGCUCGCGCCUGUGCGUAUAUAGGGUCAGUUGUUCGGUCGGUCGUCUGGUAGGGUCGGGCUGGGCUAGCUAGGCUGGAUUUGGAUAUGGCUUGCUUGUGUUUUGUUUGAUAACAUGUGUGAUGAGUGAUGAUGACUUUGUGUGUGUGGUUUACGGGAUAUACCAAGCAUCGCAAGCACGUGGUUACUGAGAGAGGCUGGCUGUUCGUAUGCAUGUGUCUCUGUUCAAGGGAUGGAUAACGCUAUACGAAGAAAUU